AUGGCGGAUAAUAUUCAGCUUUCUUCUCCGAAUCACGGUUCGGAUGAGACGCAUGAGGACCAUCCUAAUUUCCAAACAUCCGCCGCGAAGCGACGCAGAAAGGAUGAUCGGGACCGAACACGUGUCAGCCGGGCUUGUGACCGCUGUAAGAGGAAGAAGACUCGCUGUAGCGGAACUCGGCCAUGUACACUCUGCUCUCACGCUGGGUCCGUUUGUGAGUUCACCGCGCCGUACACCCGAGGUCGCGUUCCAUCUGUCCCUGUCGAGGAGAAUAUCAAUGCAACUGGCGCAAAUGUGCCAGGGGAGAAUGUACGUUCUGUACUGGAAAGCAGGCACCCGAUCCCAGGUACAUCCGAUCAAGUGACUGGGGCGUUAGACGCGUUUGCUUCAGCGCCACAUUUGCUAAAUCAACACGAAAUAAAUAUGGGCCAAUCACAACUUCCGAAUACCAGUCGAGUGGCUUCAAGAGCUCAAUCGUCAAGGAAUUCGACUGAGCCCCCACAAACCGAUCUACAAGGCCACUACGUGGGGCCUUCAUCCGGGGUCUCGUUUCUUUUGAGGGUGCAAAAGAAGCUCCACCAGAAAGUUUCUUUUUCGCCAAACUCGUCAAUAUUUACGUUUGGUGAUGCUCCUCUUCCGGAAUUUGAUCCAUCUUUCUUCGUCCUGCCUCCCAAAGACGACGCACGGACGCUAGUGGCAAGAUAUUUCGAGUUCGCAGUUGCAACACAUCGAUUCCUCCAUCGCCCAACAGUAGAAUCUUGGCUAGAAGAAUUUUACGGGGGUCUCGGAGUGAUGAAGGAUAAAGAGGGUGCCCGAGAACGGACCGCGGUUCUGUUUAUGGUCUUUGCGCAGGCGACUGAGUAUAUGACUGAGAGGACCAAACCCACUGGUGUCGAUACGAGUGCCCGUUAUUUCCAGAUCGCGGAUCACCAACUGUCCUCUGAAACAGGGGAGAUUCGCCUUACCAGCGUGCAAGCUCGUUUGUGUCAGUGCUUCUACUUGCUUGCUCGAUCCCGGGUGAACCAUUGCUGGAGUCUUUUUGGGACAACCGCUCAUCUCAUCCUUGCGAUCGGAAUACAUAGAAAGCGCCGGGUUGAAGCAUCUAAUGGAGCUGAUAUGGUAGAGAUUGAAUGCCGUAAGAGAGUCUUUUGGUGCGCAUAUGGUCUGGAUAAUUAUCUCAGUGCCGCUCUGGGAAGACCUAGGACGUUUCACGACGAUGAUAUUGACCAAGAAUUACCAUCCUGCGUUAAUGAUUCUGACCUCACGCCUCAACGAAUCAAUCUCAAUGCCUCAAAGUCACAGUCGAUAAUGAUGGCUUCCGUCGCUCACAACACGCAAGUCUUUACAUCUCGGUUCGAUAGCUUAGACUUACACAACUUCAGAUUAGCAAAGAUACUCAGCAAUAUAUUACACGACCUUUACUCAAUUCGACCUCCAUCAAUGCCAGUCCGGUGUUCGCUGAGCUUUAAAUAUUCAGAUGAGCUCCUGAACUGGCGGAAAGGCCUUUCGAGAUUCCUGGAUGCCGAAGGUGUCGACACUUCUCUACUCAUCCCAUUAUUCCAGCGCCAACGUAAUGUCCUCAAUCUAGCCUACUACCACGCUUUAAUUCUAGUUCACCGCCCAUUCCUCCUGAGCAAUUUCGCUAGUCUGAACAGCCGAAAGGGAAAUACUCUUGGAGCGCCAGGCACGCCCGACAUGGAUAGGAAUGUCACGGAAUGUUUGAAUGCGGCUAUGAAGAUUACAGAGAUUGUCGACGAGUUGACCGAAGGACAUCAGAUUUUCCGUGCUUUCUGGUUUACGCAGUAUUUUGCAUUUUGUGCUGUGGUCGUACUGUAUGUCUAUACCAUUCAACAACGGAAUGCAGCUCAGGAUAAGUACCGCGAGUACUUUGACGCGGCUGCAAGGUGUCAGAGGCAAAUAUCUUCUAUGGCUGAGAACGAGUCACUUGCUCAACGAUACACAGUUGUUCUCGAAGAACUACGUCUCGAAGCAAUAAAACAAACUCAACGUCCGAUAUCCCACGAGAGUGAACUUAACCCCACGGUACAACCGAACUUUUCAGUUCCACAAGCUGUCAUGCGGUCAGGUCAAUCUCUAGGUAUUUCGGGUCAGUAUUCAUUGGUGGGCAGCAUGUUUUCCGCUCCUGACCCAACCAUGUUUGGCGAUGGUCAGCACUCUACGACUCCGUCAAGCUUGAUGGCCGAGUUGACCAGCUGGGGCGAGUUUGAUUCUCUGGUAACAGCAGGAAUUGGGGGACUGGACUAUAUUCUCGGAUUCGACAAGACGAGAAACUUUUUCUUUCCAUAUCGAGGGGCAAUUGCCACGGCGGCUUCGAAACCUGACAAUGUGGACGUUGAGAUCAAUGAGAUCAAGACGCCAAUGAUGUACUCUGUCGACGAUUUACUUUUCAAUCGAAGUCAGACGAUUCCGGAUAUUCCCUUGGUUGGGUAUCCAGCGACAGCUCGAGGUCGAUCAGGUUAUGUUCACUACACCGCUCGAGAUCUGGAUCGGUUUGCAGACCAUGGAGCACGGAAAUACGCUUCACUCGGAAUUGAACCCAAGAGUACUGAAUCUGACGAAGCAGAGGUCGUGGCGUUGUUAGCACCUUCGAACCUAGAUUAUGUGGCCUCAAUUUUCGCUUUAUCCCGGUUGGGCUUCGCAGUCUUACUCCUUUCAAAUCGUCUUUCCACUGAAGCCUACGUUUCACUGCUUCAGAAAACCAAAUGCCAUCGAAUAAUUAGCUCGGAGAACCACGCCAAAGCCGUUGCAGCCAUUCAAGCUGAUAUGCAAAUUUCUCAAUAUCCGCUAUUCAAGCAGUCAGAUUACGACAUUGAGCCGGCCAUGUAUCCCCGGUUUCGAAGGCAAAUGAGUGGCCCUUCUGCCUCCAGCCGGACUGCCUUCAUCAUUCAUUCUUCGGGUUCGACGGGCCUUCCGAAACCGAUCUUUCAAAGCCACGGUGCUUGUCUGUCGAACUAUUCCAGCAGUUUCGGUUACCGUGCAUUUUUGACACUUCCCCUUUACCACAAUCAUGGCCUCUCUUCUUUCUUUCGGGCCAUGUAUUCGGGAAAGGAAAUCUCAAUGUUCAAUGCGAACCUACCAUUGUCUGGCAGCAAUCUGAUAGAGGCUAUGACGGCGGUGAAUCCAGAGAGUUUUCACGGUGUUCCAUAUGCUUUGAAACUGCUGGCUGAGACUGAGCGCGGCAUUCAAGUUUUGAAAGAUUGCAAAUUGGUCCUCUUUGGUGGAAGCAGCUGCCCCGAUGACCUGGGAGAUCGCUUGGUUGAAGCUGGGGUUUAUCUUGUAGGGCAUUAUGGAGCUACUGAAAUGGGACAGCUCAUGACCUCCUUCCGACCAGCUGAAGACAAAGCAUGGAACUAUGUCCGCCCGCUUCCUAAAGUCGAACCAUACAUCCUCAUGGCACCUCGGGCGCCGAAUACGUUCGAAUGUGUGGUACUCGACGGCUUACCUUCCAAAGUUGUUUCAAAUUGCGAUGAUCCUCCUCGUUCAUUCAACACCAGCGAUCUCUUCAGCCCCCACCCCACCAUCCGCAAUGCAUGGAAGUAUCUUGGACGUCUCGAUGACCGUGUCACUCUUGUGAAUGGAGAAAAGGUUUUGCCUAUCCCAUAUGAACAUCAAAUUCGAGAGCAUGAGCUCGUCCGAGAAGCGUGCGUCUUUGGCGUGGGGAGAGCACUUCCAGGUCUCAUCAUUGUACCAAGCGAAAAAGCACACGGAAUGAGCAAGAAACGUUUGCUUGAUAUUUUGUGGCCUGUUGUUGCAGGAGCAAAUGCCAGAGUUGAAAGCUUCAGCCACAUUUCUCCAGAGAUGAUCGAAAUCCUCGACGUUGAUGCCGAGUACCCAUGCACCGACAAAGGGACUAUGAUUCGAGCGGCGUUCUACAAGAAGUUCGAAGAUUUGAUCAAUUCUAUUUAUAUCAGAUUUGAAGCCCCAGCUGCAGGGAGAAGUGAAGGGGGUCUGAUACUUGAUCAUGAUCAACUCAAAUCUUACUUAUUCGACAUCUUUAGAGGAAAGCUGGGUUUCGAGGGACUGAAUGAGUCUUCGGAUUUCUUCGAAGCUGGCGUGGAUAGUUUGCAAGCAAUCACGGCACGAGGUAUCAUGAUGAGAGAACUCAAUCUCGGGUCUAAGAUUCUCGGUCAAAAUGUUGUUUUUGAAUAUCCAAAUGUUCCAGCUCUUGCAUUACAUUUGUACUCCCUUCGCACCGGCGAAGAAUCGUAUCAGACCGAUGAGAUUGAAGUUAUGAGGCAGCUCAUCCAAAAGUAUUCAAAAUUCAGUUGCCAUGUUGCCGGACCAGACGUCCCAGACGGGGAGGUAGUUAUCCUUACCGGAGCUACUGGAUCUCUUGGUGCCCAUGUUUUGGCUCAGUUGGUCACCAAGAAACAUGUCAAGACUGUGUACUGUCUUGUACGGGCAUCAUCACAUGACACAGCUCGAGAUCGUGUGUUUACAGCUCUUGAAGCUAAAAAGAUUGAUCUUCCUAAACAUGGAAUCAAAAUUGUCUGCUUUCCAUCCGAUCUUAGUCGAGAUGAUCUCGGGCUCGAUAAAUCAACAGUUCAUCUCCUCCGGAAGUCACUUACAACAGUCAUCCAUUGCGCUUGGGCGGUCAACUUCAAUCUUGGCGUUCAAAGUUUUGAGAAGCAGCACAUCAAGGGGACAUACAAUCUGCUGAAUAUUUGUCUCAGUGUCACAACACCAUCACCCGCCAAGCUAUUCUUCUGUUCCUCUAUCUCCGCAGCUGCAGGCACACCUUUGCCAGCUGUCAUCCAGGAGACUUACAUUUCUGAUCUCUCGCAUGCUCAGAAUAUGGGAUAUGCACGGUCAAAAUUGGUCACGGAGACAAUCAUCAAAGCUGCCGUAGAGCAGACAAGAAUGGUUGCCAAAGUCCUGCGAGUGGGCCAGAUUGUUGGAGAUACGCAAAAUGGCAUGUGGAACAGCACCGAAGCAAUCUCGUUGAUGAUACGAAGUGCAACUACGAUCGGCGCUUUACCCGCGUUAGAAGAGACUCCAUCUUGGUUGCCUGUGGAUAUCGUCGCACACGCCGUCCUUGAGCUUGCCCAAAUCAACAAGCGCUCACCAAGCCCUUCAAGAUUUCCGGCUGAAGCCGAAGACGCAUCAGUAGUUUACCACGUCCAGAAUUCCCGCUUCUUUCACUGGACAGAAGAUCUCUUACCUGCCUUACGCGACGCAGGGCUGGAGUUCGAAACUGUUUCUCAGCGAGUGUGGGUUGAGCGUUUACGCAAGAGCGAGAAGGACCCAGAGAAGAAUCCUACCAUCAAGCUCCUCGACUUCUUUACUGAGAAAUAUGAUAAUGAUAAACCUGGGCGAAAUGAACUCGUAUUUUUGACCGGUAAGACAGCGGAGAAUACUGAGGCGAUCAGAGAUGGGUAUGAUGUUGUUGGGAGCGGGCUUGUAAAGAAGUUUGUUGACAGCUGGAGGCUUGAAUGGUAG